AUGAUCAACGACACACUUGCCUUUGGAGAUUUGGACACGAAUGUUUCUGCGCCUUUGCCUCCUCUUGCUCUCAGCCACAACCAAAGUGCUUUCCCUGCGCUCCGGCUGGAGUCCAAGUCUCUGGUCACUUCAGCCACCAUGUUCGCCGUGGGAGUCCUGGGAAACCUCAUUGCCAUAGUCGUGCUGUGCAUCUCCAAAAAGGAGCAGAAAGAGACCACUUUCUACACUCUGGUGUGCGGGAUGGCCAUCACGGACCUGCUGGGAACAUGCUUCACCAGCCCCGUGGUGAUCGCCACAUAUGUGGCCAACCGCUGGCCGGGAGGAGUGUUACUGUGCCACUUUUUCUCCUUCUCCAUGCUCUUCUUCGGCUCUGCGGGGAUGUCCAUCCUGUGCGCCAUGGCUGUGGAGCGAUACUUGGCCAUAAACCAUGCGUAUUUCUACUCCCAGCACAUAGACCGGACCAUGGCGCGAUUUGCACUCCUGGCCGCCUACCUGGCUAACAUUGUGCUGUGCAUUAUGCCCAGCUUUGGCUUCGGGCAGCACGUCAGGCACUUUCCCGGGACUUGGUGCUUUCUGGACUGGAGGGCGACGGACUCACUCGGAGCAUGCUACUCCUUUCUGUACGGCGGAGUGAUGGUGGUGCUGAUCGCAGUGACACUUUUGUGUAAUUUGGCCGUGUGCAAAUCGCUGGUGGGGAUGAACCAGAGGACCUCUUGUGAGCAGAGGGGGUCACGUCGCCGCUUCCCCCGGCUGCCCUCGGUCACCUCGGCCGCGGAGAUCCAGAUGUUCUGGCUGAUGAUCUUCAUGACCAUCGUGUUCCUGGUCUGCUCCAUCCCUUUAGUGGUGCGGAUCUUCGUGAACCAGCUUUACGACCCUGCCUACAUCUCUGCUGGGGGGAGGCCUGACUACCGGAGCGACAUGCUGGCCAUCCGCUUCGCCUCAUUCAACCCCAUAUUAGACCCCUGGGUUUACAUUUUGUGCCGGAAGAACCUGCUGCUGAAGGGCUGCGAGAAGCUAAAGAGGACAAUGUCGCACACUAAAGACAUUCGUGGGGACAACAUCGGCUGGGUGGGAGGUCAACACUCCCCUCCGUCUCUAAACAGCGAUGAUACCAGUUACGCGUCAUUACGCACAGCCAGCUUCAGGAACGAUGUGGAAGCACGUGUAUCCAUCAAUCAUAAAUCUUUCACAGACUUCGCCAUGAGACAAGCAUGGGAGUACGACACCGCUCGGGUCAACUUUCACCCGUUCAGCGUGGAGAGCACGGCGAUCCUCGGGUGUGAUGAGGAAGAAGCAACCGGCUCCAAACAGGAAGUGGAGGUCAAGGAGUCUUCACGAGGCAGCGCGACGCCGCCCCUUUCUGCGCACGUGAGAAAGGUGGACAUUGUCACCUGCACGUUUAGCACACCGAGUUCAUGCCAGUCAGCGAAAUGCCUUUGA